AUGAGCCCCGAAGAAGCCGUGACGCUCGAAUACCGCGGCCGCGUCGCUAUCAUCACCCUGAACCAGGAGAAGAAGCUCAAUGCCCUCAACCAGGAUUUAUACUACCGCCUCGCAUGCUGCAUGCACGAGAUAGCCGCGCGCGAUGACAUCUCCGUCACUGUCCUGACAGCCAAGGGCCGGUUCUUCUCUGCCGGCGCCGACGUCUCCAUCUCCCGCUCCACCCCCCAAGGCGAAGACGCCCGCCGCCACUGGCUCAAGUCCUUCGUAGCCAACAACCUCCACAUCACACACGCCUUCUACACGCACCCUAAGAUCCUCGUGACCGCGCUCAACGGCCCCGCAGUCGGGCUCUCGGCCGCCCUAAUCGCCUUCUCCGACUUCAUCUACGCAGCCCCGCACGCCUUCCUCUUGACGCCCUUCAGCUCGCUGGGGCUCGUCACCGAGGGCGGCGCAAGCCGUGCCUUCGUACAACGCCUCGGAAUCAGCAAGGCGAACGAGGCGCUGAUCAUGAGCAAGAAGAUCACGGCCGAGGAGCUCGUGGCGACGGGCUUCGUGAACAAGAUCGUGGAUGUGGGGGAUGCGAAGGCGAGUGAUAAGUUCCUGGCUGAGGUGCUCAAGGAGGUGGAUGAUAGGCUGGGCGAGCAUCUGAAUCAGGAGAGCUUGUUGAAGAUCAAGGCGCUAAUUAGGCGGCCAGAGAGGGAGGUGUUGGAUGCGCAGGGCGUGCAUGAGGUUAUCGGGGGGUUGGAGAGGUUCUUGAAGGGGGUGCCGCAGGAGGAGUUUAGGAAGAUUGCGGCGGGGGAGAAGAAGCAUAAGUUGUAG